UGUUAGCAGGUUAUCCAUUGAAGGAGGUUGCUGCAAGAUUUGUGAAAAAAUUUCGUGCAACAUGGCUAGUACUCGACAGGCACAUGAAGAAUGACCAAAGGUACUUUAUAGAGAACCUAUCAUGUAAUGUAGUAAGAUUGAAGGAAGAUUCCAAUGCUGUAGAGUUAAGGGGACCAAAUGUAAGGGAUAACUUCAAACUUCUGGCUCCUAGUCGAAGUAACGUAACGUAUUCGGAAAUGAUUCUGGCAGACGAACGGUCCCCUCCGAGUAAGUUAUUCGGAAAGCGACGUGAAAUAUGCUGUUCAUGUCAAGAAAUCAUAAUUUCAUUUCUUGUUGCAGAACAUGGAGGGGAAAGCGUUAGAAAUCCGUCUCACAUUCAUCUUCUGCUUCAGUUUCGAGCGUUUCUGUAAUAGAACAUCAGUUUCAAGUUAUAAUGAACCGAAGUCGUCGUCCUUGCAUGUUCAUGAUGAAGAACAUGCUACAACUACGGGACUGGAAAUGGUGGGAGAACAUUCCCCGGAAUCCAUCGAUGAAAGUGGAGACCAGAAAGACCUGCAUAGUCCGGAUGAAAACUCGAAGCAACAUAACGAAAACGAUGAUUGGAUGGGAGGAAACCCCUGGGAUCAAGUGUUCAAAAACUCCCGCUGCUCGAUAUGCAAAAAUCGAAGGCCGAGGAUCGGAUGGAUGAGAGACUUCACUUAUGCGGAGCUCCUAGCCGCUACAGAGGGGUUCAAUGAUAAUAACUUCCUAUCGGAAGGAGGAUUUGGAUCCGUCUAUAAGGGAGAGUUCAAUGGAUUGAAGAUUGCUGUGAAACAAUACAAGUACAAUGCAAGCCUUCAAGGAGAGAAAGAAUUCAAAUCCGAAGUUAACGUGCUUCGGACAGCGAGACAUGAGAAUUUGGUCAUGCUGGUUGGUUCUUGCUCCGAAGGAAACCAUAGGCUACUUGUCUACGAAUACAUCUGCAAUGGUUCACUCGACCUUCAUUUAUCGAAGUACUCCAGAAGACCUCUGAGUUGGGAAAAGAGGGUUAAGAUAGCACUGGAAGCUGCUAGGGGCUUGCAAUAUUUGCACAAAAACAACAUCAUCCAUCGAGACAUGAGACCGAACAACAUCCUUGUAACGCACGAAUUCGAAACAAUGCUAGGAGAUUUCGGCUUGGCAAGAACUCAACAUGAAGAUUCAGACAAGUCAUCGGAGACUAUAACUAGAGUUGUCGGAACAUUAGGAUAUUUGGCACCCGAAUACGCUGAAUGUGGCAAAGUGUCGACCAAGAUGGAUGUUUAUUCCUUUGGAGUUGUGUUAUUGCAGCUCAUCACCGGAAUGAAGACUACGGACAAAAGACUUGGAGGGAAAAGUCUUGUAGGAUGGGCAAGACCACUACUGAAGGACAGGAACUACCCGGAUUUGAUUGACGACAGGAUCAUCGAUUCACAUGAUGUUCAUCAACUCUUUUGGAUGGUUCGAGUAGCAGAAAAGUGUCUCACCAAGGAUCCUAAGAAGAGAUUAUCAAUGGAUAAGGUAAGUUCUGAACAAGUUAUUCAAAUCAAGAUUCAUAGCUACAAUGAUUCAGCAACAUCGAUAUCGAAAUCGAGCUUAUCUCACAUGUUCGUAACACUUUGGAUAUCAAUCUACCCCUUAUUCAUGUAUCAGACAAGCGUCAAACAUAGAUAUUUCAAGAAAAAUGAAGAGUCCAAACAACUUGGAAAUAACUAAAACCACACUGAGCAUUUUGAGAUUACAUUUCGUAAUUUAACAAUCUCAAUCCUUAAUAUUAAACAAUGAUUAUUGCAGGUUGUUUUUGCUUUGGACUACAUAACGGAACGUCAAAGCACUUUUAGCAUCAAAGAUUUCUCCCCUGCACAAUCAGAUACUGUGAGCAAGGGCUCGUGUGAUUCGCAAUCA